UCAUUUCCUUCCUAACACGACGCGACUGGUUUUACACUAUUUUCGGUGCUUCUAUGGCCACUGCGGUCCUCAUCGCCGCCGUCGUCGGUGGCGGGGUCCUGCUCGUCAUGCGCCGCUUGUUCCCGCGACAGAACGCGGUCAAGCUGCUCCAGUACCCGGCGGGCAUGAUGCGAGAUAAGACUGUCAUCGUGACCGGAGCGAACAGCGGCAUCGGGAAGGCCCUAGCCGGUGAGCUACUGAAACUCCAGGCCCGGGUCAUCAUGGCUUGCCGGGACCGGCAGAGCGCCGCCGAGGCGGCCCGGGACAUCCGGGGACAUUCGGACACAGAGCUCGGGGAGUUGGUCAUCAAACAGCUGGACCUUGCGUCGCUUCAGUCGGUUCGUAAAUUUUGUCAAGAGAUUCAAGAGAAGGAACCCAAGAUCGACGUCCUCGUCAACAACGCGGGCGUGUACCAGUGUCCCUACUCCAAGACGGAGGACGGCUUUGAGAUGCAGCUCGGCGUCAACCAUCUGGGCCACUUCCUGCUCACCCACCUGCUGCUCGACCUCCUCAAGAGCUCUGCCCCCAGCCGCGUGGUGGUGGUGUCCUCCAAACUGUACAAGUACGGCCGCAUCAACUUUGACGACCUGAACAGCGAGACGAAAUACAACAAGGCAUUCUGCUACAGUCAGAGUAAAUUAGCCAACCUGCUGUUCACCCUUGAACUGGCGCAGCGGCUGGAGGGCUCGGGGGUGACCGUCAACGCGCUCACACCUGGCAUCGUGAGGACCAGGCUGGGCAGGCACGUUCGCAUCCCCCUCCUGGCGAAGCCGCUCUUCUACCUGGCAUCGCUGCUUUUCUUCAAGAGUCCGCUGGCGGGGGCGCAGACGCCUCUCUAUCUGGCCUGCUCGCCAGAGGUGGAGGGGGUGUCGGGGAAGUGCUUUGCAAACUGCGAGGAAGAGGAGCUGCUUGCGAAGGCGACGGACGAACAAGCGGCGAAGAGACUGUGGGAUGUAAGCAUGAGGAUGGUUGGACUCGAGGACUGAUUGGAUUUUACGACGCUAGUGGAGACAAUAAGAGUGAGAUUGCCAGUACUCAGCCAAUGAAAUAUUCAAGUUAUGCCGAGUUAUAUUCAAGUCUUGAAAAUGACAUCUUGUUGGCCUCUCUGCAAUGCAUCCUUAACCAGUCACAUUUUCAAAUUAUAGCUGUCACUCGAGAAGUCAACCGUAAGACAUCAUCAAACGAAAAUAUUGUAAAACUACUCACCCUUUUGACAACGCCUCACAGUCACGUAACGUCGAGGAAUUACAAACAUACUCACCUCGCCGAGUCGCCACAUUUCCCUCCAUCAUCGUUUCCCCAGAAAAACGUGAAGAAUGUAACAGAUGGUUUAACCUGACAAAUGUGCUUUUUUUCCCCCACCGCUGGGUGCCAAUAAAGGGGUGAAGA